AUGGGUCGCGUUAUCCGUGCGCAGAGGCGUUCGCAUGCCAUCUUCAAGGCCCACACUCGCCUGAACAAGAACCCGGCCCGCCUCCGUCCCCUCGACUUUGCUGAGCGCAACGGCUACAUCCGUGGCAUUGUCAAGGAGAUCAUCCACGAUUCCGGCCGUGGCGCUCCUCUCGCCCGUGUCGUCUUCCGCGACCCCUACCGCUACAAGCUCCGCAACGAGACUUUCAUCGCCACCGAGGGUCUCCACACUGGUGCAUUCGUGUACUGCGGAAAGAAGGCCGCCCUCUCCGUCGGCAACGUUCUCCCAGUCUCUCAGCUCCCCGAAGGUACCAUCAUCUGCAACGUCGAGGAGCACGUUGGUGACCGUGGUGCGCUUGCCCGUACUUCCGGAAACUACGCUACUGUCAUCGGUCACUCCCCCGAAGACAACAAGACCCGCAUUCGUCUUCCCUCUGGUGCGAAGAAGACCGUUGCCAGCAAUGCUCGUGCUACCGUUGGUAUCGUCGCUGGUGGUGGACGUAUCGACAAGCCUCUAUUGAAGGCUGGCCGUGCAUACCACAAAUUCAAGGCAAAGCGCUACAACUGGCCUCGUACUCGUGGUGUGGCUAUGAACCCCGUCGAUCACCCUCACGGAGGAGGAAACCACCAGCACAUCGGAAAGGCUUCGACCAUUGCCCGUUCCGCCGUCCCCGGUCAAAAAGUCGGUCUUAUUGCUGCGCGCAGGACAGGUCUGUUGCGUGGUACCGUCAAGGUCAAGGAGACCUAG